AUGGCGCCCCAUUCACGCCCCCCUUUAACCCACAGAAUCCGAGCCUCCUUUGAGGGCCGCAGGAAGUCCUUCGACGGCAUUCGCUUCGACGGCAUUCGCAGAGUCUCCAGGUCCAGCCGGCCCCCAUCCGCCCACGAGAACGAUACUGCAGUCCUGUCUCCCAACUCCAUCGACUCGCCCUCACACAACAACGCACUGCAUCUCUCGCACGAUCCAAAUUCCAUCCGCGAUGCAGUCGAUGCAGCGAUCAAUGGGGAAGCGUUCCAGAAUGCUAUUGCAGCGAAUUUGGCGAAGUUGAUCAAGCCGAGUAUCAAGAGUGCGUUGGAUACGAUACAGCCGGUCGUGGAGGCGGUGUAUAGCCAUGAAGUCCUUCUGCGAAAGACGAAUCAGAGUGUGGAGGAUGUUCUGUCGAGGAUGGAUACUGCAGCUGAAGAGGAGAAAGCAAAGGGGGAGAGUUUUGUCGAUUCAUCGUACAGUCCGCCUGGGGAAGCUGCAGGAGAAGGUAAGUCUGCUGAUGCAGUUGCGAUUUUGAGGGAGCCAGAUAUGAACAUGUGGAGGGAAUUGUUGGAGGAACACAGUGCAAAGACUGGCGAGAAGCUGACCGGCCUGGAAACGAUCAUGGAGGGUAAUACGGAGAAGGUCGGGGAAUUGGUGACUGGGGUACAAAAUAUGAAUUCCUCACUACCCACAGCAGAGAAUUUCGACUCUCUAAGAACAACAUCUGAAAAUACGCAUACCACAAUAUCAGCCAUCCAAGCACAAUUGGAUCAAGUGAAGGCUGAUAUUGCGUCCAUGCUCGAAUCCAUCGGCCCGGACCUUGGGAAGAACGUCCAAACUAUAAGCGAGAAACCUGCUCCAGACGACUCGAUACUCGCAUCACACACAACAAAACUCGACCUAAUCUCUACUGAAAUUACAGGCCUCAAAUCCCACAUCGAGUCCAACACAACCGAGAAGAUUGACACUAUUUCCACUGAACUGCUUUCUCUCAAGUCCCUGGUGGAAACCAACAGCACCUCUUCCUCAGAAAGCCUGACAAACAUCCUGACAGCAGUAACCGAGCACACGACCCUCAUUUCAGAACUCAAGGAUGCACCCGCACAUCCAGAUAUAUUAUCUGCACUCCAGCAAUCUAAUGACUCACAUACCGCUCACUCCACAGUCCUCACUGAGAUCAAAGAGCGAUCUCUUGUCCCUGCAACUCCCGCAGAUCCAGAUGCAGUAAGCCCUGCUGUCUCGGUACCUGAUCAUGGGCCUGCUCUGCAGGAGAUCAAAUCAGAUCUCGAGGCGCUGAAGGAGAAUAUACUUGCCGGGAUUUCGUCCAACAACGACAACAUCACAGCUGUCGGAGGCAAGGUUGAUGCUUUUAUUGAGGGGCCGAAUUCAGAGAUUUUGGCAGCGGUGAAGUCGAGUAAUGAGAGCCAUGAGAAGCACACGACUGUCCUGGAAGAGAUCAAGGAACUUCACGGGACGCAUGCCACUGUGCUUGAGGCAGUCAAGAGUGCGAGCGAAGGGGCUGCCCCGGCUGCUGCUACUGCGGACCUCGGGACGCAAAUUUCGGCACUGACUGGCAAGCUCGACGAACAUUCCGCGGCGUUUGAGGAGUUGAAGGGGCUGCAUGGGUCGCACUCAACUGCCCUAGAAAAUAUCAAGUCUGCGAGUGCUGAGGCCUCGCCAGUUGUCGAUACUGGACAUCUCGGGGAGAAGAUAACAAGCAUCGUCGGCAAACUCGAUGAGCAUUCCACUGCUUUGGAGGAGAUCAAGGGAUUGCAUGGAACUCAAGCUGCGGCCAUCGAGGGCCUGAAACCUGUUCCCUCGGAAGCACCACCUGACGGUGGCGCUGGGGCUAUUGUGGAGAAGAUCUCAGGUAUCGUCAGCAAACUCGACGAACAUUCGGCAGCUUUCGAGGAAUUGAAGGGCCUGCAUGGGGCUCAUUCUGAAGCGCUGGUGGGCAUCAAAUCUACUGAGCCGGCCGGUGAGACCGGAGAUCUUGGCGAGAAGAUCUCAGCACUAGCCAGCAAGCUCGAGGAACAUUCGGCAGCUUUCGAGGAACUGAAGGAACUACACGGAGCGCAUACAGCAGCCCUUGAAGGUAUUAAAUCUAUCACCUCAGACACUGCUCCUACUGACAAUGGCGAUCUUGCAGUCCAAAACACCGCUCUUACUGCCAAGCUGGGCGAGCACUCCGCUGCCUUCGAGGAAUUGAAGGGCCUCCAUGGUACGCAUUCGGCAGCUCUAGAGAAAAUCAACGCCACGGGCCCAGAGGCGGCUCCCACGCCAGCUGAUACGGGGGAUAUUGGUGCCCAAAUUGCUCCUCUUGUUUCGAAGCUCGAUGAGCACUCUGCCAUCCUCGAAGAAAUUAAGGGCUCUCAUACAGCGGCUUUCGAUGAAUUGAAGGGCUUACACACAGCGCAUUCAGCUGCUCUAGAUGGCAUCAAGUCCAUUGACCCAGCGACGGCCCCUGCUGACGGCAGCGAUGUUGGAGCCCAGAUUACUGCAAUCUCGGCUAAACUUGACGAGCACUCUGCCAUCCUAGUAGAAAUCAAGGGAUCCCAUAAAGCGGCUUUCGAAGAAUUAAAGGGCUUGCAUGGUUCUCAAGCCACAGCUUUGGAAAGCACCCGAUCUAUUGACCCAGAGACUGUUCCUGCCCAGGACGGCGAUAUUGGAGCUCAGAUCUCAGCACUUGCGGCCAAGCUUGAACAGCAUUCUAUUGCUUUCGAUGAAGUGAAGAGCUUUCACGGCUCACACACAGCUGCAUUUGACGAGUUGAAGGGUCUCCACAGCUCGCACUCCGAGGCGCUUGCAAGUAUCAAGAUUCCUGAAACUGUCCCUGCUGAUAGCUCGGAUAUUGGAGCUCAGAUCACAGCUCUUACUGCUAAGCUUGACGAACACUCAGCUACUUUCGAGGAAUUGAAGGGCUUGCAUGGGGCACACUCGGCAGCGCUCGAUGGAAUCAAAGAUCUGCAAAGCUCGUAUUCCACUGCUUUGGAAAGCAUCAAGUCAAGCAGCUCGGACGCUCCUGCUGAUAGCUCGGAUAUUGGAGCCCAGAUCACCGCUCUCACUGCCAAGCUCGAAGAGCACUCCGCUGCUCUCGAAGAAAUCAAAGGUUUGGGCGGGUCAAAUACAGCAGCUUUCGACGAGCUGAAAGCCCUGCACGCUUCUCACACCACUGCAUUCGACGAUCUGAAGAGUCUCCACGGCUUACACGCCAUUGCAUUCGACGAUCUGAAGAGUCUCCACGGCUUACACGCCGCAGCUUUAGACGAGAUUCCCAAGUCAGCCAUCACGCCUGCUCCUCAUGAGGGAGGCAAUGUGGAUAUCGGAGCUCAAGUAGCCGCUAUGGUCGCCAAGCAAGAGGAGCAUUCGACUAUUUUGGACGAGAUCAAGGGGUUCAGUGCUCAUUUGGAUGAGAUCAAAACUUUUGGUGGCUCUCAUACAGCUGCGUUCGACGAGUUGAAGGGGUUGCAUGCUUACUAUAUCAAAGCGCUGGAAACUAUCAAGACGGACAAUCCAGAUACUACUCAAGGUGCCGGACCAAGUGACCUGGGACCUCAAAUCACGGAUAUUAUCGCCAAACUUGACGCUCAUGGUGUAUCUUUGGAUGAGCUCAAAGCAUUCGGAGUCUCGCAUACAAGCGCUCUCGAGAGCCACGGUACAAACAUUGAAAGUGUCAAAUCUUUGGGUAUUACUGCGCCGACCGGAGACAGCAGUGCAGCUUUGGAGACCCAGAUAGCCGCCAUCAAUGCUGCCCUCGAAGGUCACGGAACAGCGCUCAACGAAAUCAAAUUGCAGUCCAGUGUCCUGGAGGAGAUCAAGAGUAUUGCCGGGACUCAUGCAACAGCCCUUGAAGGCCAUGGCGCUGCGAUGGAGAAUAUCAAGUCCUUGAGCGUCGCCCCGCCUGCUGAGGGCAACAAUGCGGGAUUAUCUGAGAUCGUCACAAAGUUGGAUGCCCACAGUGUGAUUCUGGACGAGCUCAAAGCUCAAUCGGCUGUUCUCGACGAAAUCAAAACCAGCACUGUGGUUCUGGAUGAGCUUAAAGCUCAAUCAACUGUUCUCGAAGAAAUCAAAACUAGCACUGUUAUUCUGGACGAGCUCAAAGCUCAGUCGACUGUUCUGGAAGAACUCAAGACCAACACUGGUACUCAUUUGAGUGCGCUUGAAGGACACGGCGUUACGUUAGAGAGCAUCAAAUCCCUGAGCGUUACUCCUCCUGCCGACGGAAGCAGUCCUGUCGAACUCGAGAGUAAGAUUUCUGCUAUCAUCGGCAUGCUUGAAACCCAUAGCUCCGUGCUGGACGAGAUCAAGAGUACCGGUGGGGCGCACUCGUCGAUUUUGGACGAAAUCAAAAGUACAGGCGGAUCCCAAUCAUCUGCCUUGGAAGAGCUCAAGACAUCACAGAAUUCUCACGCAGCUGCGCUCGAAACUCACGGCACCACUCUCGAGAGCGUAAAGUCGCUGAGCGUUACUUCUGCCGAAAAAGAUAUUGGUGGUUUCUUGGAACCGAAGAUCAAUGAUGUCGCCGUAAAAUUGGAUGCCUACGUCGCUAUGCUGUUGAACGAAAUCAAAGCAACAGAGGGCUCUCACACUUCUAUUCUGGACGAGCUGAAGACAUCGCACGCUUCCUACGCAGCUGCUCUCGAGAUUCACGGCACCAACCUCGAGAGCGUAAAGUCGCUGAGCGUUAACUCUGCCGGAAGAGAUGUUGGUGGUCUCUUGGAACCGAAGAUCAAUGAUAUCGCCGCAAAAUUGGACGCUUACGCUAUGCUGUUAGAAGAAAUCAAAGCAACAGAGGGCUCUCACUCUACUGUUUUGGACGAGCUCAAGACAUCACACGUUUCCCACACAGCUUCUCUCGAAAAUCACGGCACCGCAUUAGAAAACAUCCGAGCAAUCAGCAAUGCCCCGGCGGACACAGGAGCUAGCUUGGAACCUCAAGUCACUGAAAUAAUCGCAAAAUUGGAGGCUCAUGGGGCAAUACUGGAUGAGCUCAAGAGCACAGGCGGCUCUCACACGUCGAUCCUCGACGAGAUCAAGAUCGCCCACGGUAACCACGCUACAACUCUCGACGAAAUCAAAUCUCGCGGCUUACCUCCCUCCCCCGAUGAUUCUACAGCCGUUCCCCCAGCUAGCGCUGAUACGGAGGCUCCAUUGAAAACCAUCAUCGAAACCCUAGUCCAGCAUACCUCCCUUCUAAGCGAGAUCAAAGAAGACAUCAGCGCCGAGAUCCUAACCACAAUUCACGAUAUGGGCGAAGCGCAAUCUAAGCACACCACUCUCCUCACCGAGAUAAAAGAAGAGAAUGUCAGCAGUGAAAUCUUGACGCUGUUGCACGAAGAUGGCGACGUGCACGCUAGCAGCGCUGCCGUGUUGAACAGGAUCCAGGUCUUGGUCGAAGGGCUGGACGAGAAGCACGGUGGUGUUGCGACGAAACUUGAAGAGCAUUUAGGUCUGUUGAAUGCCAUCAAGGACUCGCACUGUGGUGUCGCGGCGAAACUUGACGAGCAUCACGGUCUGUUGAAUACCAUCAAGGACUCGCACGACACCCAUGCUACGAGUCUGGCGGAACUCAAGAGCCGAUCGCUUGAGCCGCCUACUACUCGCGAUGACGGUCUUGAAGCACAUUUCACCGGUAUUGUGGCGAAACUUGAAGAUCACAGUGUGAAACUUGCUGCGAUCCAGGACUCGCAUUCUUUGCACACGGCGAGUUUGGAUGAAAUAAAGUCGCGAUCUCUCGAGGUUCCAGCUGUCGAGGCCCCAAGUGUUGACAUGAGUGGGCUUGAAGCGCAAAUAGCGGGCGUUUUCACGAAGCUGGAUGAUCACCAUGUCCUUCUCUCCUCUAUCAACGAUUCGCACGUCACGCACACAACGAGUCUGGAAGAGAUCAAAUCGCGGUCGCUCGAGCUUGCAUCUGCUGAGGCCCCGACUGUUGAUAUGAGUGGGCUGGAAGCGCAGAUUGCGGGUGUAGCGACGAAAUUGGAUGACCACCAUGUUCUUCUCUCGUCCAUCAACGAUUCGCACGUCUCGCGCGCAACAGCCCUGGAGGAGAUCAAGUCGAAGUCUCUGGAAACACCUGUCGCCGAGGCCCCAGUCGUUGAUUUGAGUGAGUUGGAAGCGCAGAUUGCGGGUGUGGUCACGAAGUUGGACGGCCACCAUAUCGUUUUGAGGAGUAUCAAGGAUACGACAACUGCGAUUCACGAGUCACACGCAUCACAUGGCGCCGCUCUGGAUGAGAUCAAAUCCAGGUCUACUGAACCUGGUCUUCCUACUGAUGGACCUGAUUUUGGAACCUUGGAUGAGAAGAUCAAUGGUGUCGUGACGAAACUUGAUGGCCACACCGUUGUCCUGAAUACAAUCCAAGACGUGGCAACUGCUUUAAAAGAGUCAAAUACAGCUCAUACUGCUGUUCUGAGCGAGAUCAAGGACGCUGCGUUGGCUUCGAACGAAUACCACUCAUCAUAUACGACCUCGUUAGGAGAGCUGAAAGGCACCGUUGCCUCGUCAAUUGAAUCCCAUGCCGCUCAUUCCGUUAUGCUGGGCGAAAUCAAAGACGCAGCCCAUACCGCGGCAUUAUCUGAAAUCAAAAACGUGACUUCCAGCCUUGCCGAGAUUCACAGAAAUCAUGCUGCCACAUUGUCUGAAAUCAAGGAUGCGACAACUGCUUCGAACGAAGCACACGCUUCUCACACCAAUGAUUUCGCGCAGCUGAAAUCCAUCCAACCACCCACUGCUGCUCCAAUUACAGAUGGUCCCGAUUUUAAAGCCCUGGAAACACACCUCACAGUUAUCACCAGUACCUUGGAAUCUCAAAAAAGUAUACUCUCCUCCAUCUCCGAACACAGCAGCACCGCCCACCCGGAUAUCAUCUCAGCGAUUGCAGAGUUCCAUGCUUUGCUCGAGGCCCAUGGACCAUUGCUAGAAUCUAUCAAGGAAACAAGCACAAACACCGAUAUCCUGAGUAAGAUCGACGAACUGAAAGUCCUGCUCGAGGAAUCAAAGACCGAGCAUGGUGCAGCAGUCAAGGACUUGCAAAUCGAGACGAAAGACUCCCAUUCUACUCUAACAGCCGCUAUCGGUGCUCUUGCUUUGGGCGGCGCGGUAGGAGCUGGAGCCACUGCGUUGCUAUCCGACAACGACAAAGACGAUGAGAACCAAGUCCUCGAGGAAGUAAGGUCAUUGAAAGCCCUUGUCGAAUCCAGCGCCACCAACUCAGAAAACGCAAAGGAAACUAUUGAGAGUAUCAGAAGCCAGAUCGACAUCAAUCAUACGACUAUCACCACCGGUAUCAGCACACUCGCUGACACGCUGAAAGCGGAAAUUGAGGCUACGGGCACCAAUCUCUCAGGAACUAUCACUGCGCUCGACAAGCCGAUUGACUUUUCGCCACUGACAGAGCAUCUCGACCAGCAUUCUCAAGAUCUGAAGGCCAUUUCUACACAGCUUGACAAUUUGGAUGGCACUCUAAAGGAGAACAGCGGACAUGUUGUUGGGUUGAGCGAGGGUAUGCAUUUCAACGAGAAGGGUAUUGAGCAGCUCAAGGAACACAGAGGCAUUCUUCCUGAGGUUGUGUCUGGUGACGCCGAGUUUGAAACCAAGUCGGCGGUCCAAUCAAGAAAGGUAUCCUGCAGUGCCGUCGAGCCACCAGUGGAAGAAAAGAACGAGGAUGGAGAUAGGGAGAUGCCGGCCGGCCAAGAUCAAAAUGACCAAUCGCUUGUUCUCGAAUCCGAGGACGCCAUCCCAGCACCGGAGAUUGUCGAAGAGAGUUCGCCUACCGAAGAAGAGAGUGGCCCCGUUCUCGAAGACGAAGUUGUCGAGAAAUCGCUCGAAACCGAGCCGGUAGUUGGAGCUGAGAUUCCAGACGAGCAACAAGAUGCCGUUGUCAAUUCCGAGGCUGGCGAAUCACAAGAUACUAUCAUGGGCGAUUCGGAUAUCUCGAAAAACUUGGAAGCGCCCGUUGUUGGCCCAGAAACAUUGCCUGAAGCCCCAAGUGGCGACAUGAUCGACGAAAAUGUUGAUGAGCCUGAAGCCAUUGGUGUCGACGAGCAGGACGUACCUAACGACUUGGACGGUCCAAAAGUUCCAUGUGACGAGCCAGUGAUUGAGCAGCUAAGCGAGGGUCAAGCUGAAGAUAGUAUCAAGGUACCGCAAGAUUUGGUCUCACGUGACGCCAGCCCAACAGUCGAUUCGGACGCAAUGCCACAGGAACUCGACAUUCCAACUGAAGAGCCAGCCGCCCUCGAGCAGCCAUCAGGCGAGGGAGAAGUGACCGAGGAGCUCGUUCCAGCUAACGAUCCUCCUGUUCUCGAGGAACCAACAGACCCACCGGAAAUUCAAGCGGACGAAACAGGUAGCCAGGUCCCUGACGCAGAAGUGCUUCCAAAAGAGUCAAAUGCUCCUUCCGAAGAGCCCAAUGUUUCCGAUCAAGAGCCAAGCGAGGAGAUUGACAGCUCUUCGAACCCAGCAGACAUGGACGAAACGCCACCUCUAGAAGAACCAUGUGAAGCACCACAGAUCGUGGAAGAGCCUACUAUUGAUCCCGUUGUUGAAUCCGAUGCUUCUUCGCCCGAGGAAGGCCACGAGGCUCCAUACGAGCACCCUGUUGUCAGUGACCCUGAUUCAAGUGAGAACUACGCUGAAGAGUUGAAUCCCGUGGACGAUUCGCCAGCUACCAAGGAAUUCGGCGAGAUACCAAAAGAUCCGGACGAGCCAGUCAUUGAACCAGUUGCCGAGACGGAAGCUUUGCCUCAGGAAUUCGUCGACGAUCAAUCCGAAACCUCUGCUCAAUCAGAACUAGGUGAGGAUGACACGGAACGCUUGAGCACUAUCGAGGAAGAUACCGAGGCAGACAUGGAAGAGCCAUCUGUCGAUCCCACUGGUGAAACUGGAGCUCCACCGCUACAUGACUUGGAAGAAAACUCAGUUGAUCCAGAGUUGGAGACGGUACAAGGAGACAGCGGGGAAGACUUGCCUGUUGAUGAUGUGCAAGCUAGUGAAUUGCCAAGGGAAAAAUCAAAUGACUUGGAUGCACAAGUCGUCGAACUCGAAGUUCAGCCUAACAUAGGAAACUCCUCAUCUACAGGGACUAAUUUCAGUCCUGAGGAUCCAGUCGAAGCACCCCAGAGCUUGAACGAGGCUAUCGCUGUCCCUUCCAACGAAACCGAAGUUCUUUCAGGAAACUUGGUAGACUCUCCUAGUUCCCAGGAUGGAAAUGCGCAGAAUGAGAAAGAGCCAUUGCAAGUCGACAAUCCUCCAGCAUAUGCGGACCCCCUCGAUACCCAGGUUGAACGCGAGACCCUUGCCGCAAGUCCAGAAACAAGUCAGGAGACGAUCGAUGAGCCCUCACCUCUCGAGGUUAUACAAGGUCUUGGGGACCCGACCGAGACUCCAGUCGAUGAUGAUUCUAUCUCGAUAGACCAACAGGAUGUCGAGAUCGCAGCCCCGGGUGAGGUGACUGGACCACAUAUCACCACGCCACAGCCAGCCUUUGGAGAUUUAAAAAUUCCCAAUGACCUGGACAGACAAGUUGUCGAAGACUCACCCGUAUGUGACCCUGAGAUAAACCACGAGGAACCGGAGUCAUCUUCUGUGCAGAGGACGAGCGGAAGUCUGGUACAAGACCAUGAUGAGGCGCAACUUAUGCCUUCGCCUGCAUCCUCGUCUGAAUCGCGAAGCCCCUUGGACGAAACAUCACGCCCACCUGCAAGCACAAUGGAUGACAUCUUGACUGUCGAAAGGGAGAUCGAGACCGACAACCAUGACGAGAUGCCCAUAUUAGACCAGGAAUUUGUCCAAGAAACAUCACACGAAGAACAAUUGGAACGGGGAACCGACGAGCUUUCUUACGAGGGAGAAAAUCCUAGCCGAUCAUUUGAUGGGUUUGAUAACCUGGAAAAUGAGCGAGAUACCCCGAUCCCGCCUGUUCAUGGCAACGUAGAUGUUUCAGGCCCGCCAGAGUACCUGGGUGAUGAAUCGCUCCUACCCGGGGAUUUGAAUGGGGGGCGCUCAGCCAUCUCUAUCCAGAAAGCCGACUCAGGUGAGAUUGUUGCGGAUGAAGAUGAACAAGUACCGACCGACGACUUUGGGGGAGGACAUGACUUGGAAGAAAGUGAGCUAGUCGAGGACGAAGAAUUGUCCGUGGUCUUGAUUCCAGUACAGGAUGAUGAGCAUGAUGCCGCAGUCUCAAAGGGUACUGAUCUGGACCAUGAAUCGCCUCAACUCUCCAUCGAGCAUGCGGAUUCGAAAGCGCAAAAUCAGCUAGACCUUGAUGCCACGGUCAGUGAGAUAUCACAGGGCCGUAUUGUCGGCGAAGAGGCGUCUUACAAGCCGUUCGACGAAGAGCAAGAUCUAUCCGACUCAGAAAUGCCACCUGAAAAAGCAAUCAGGCCCCGUGGAUUGCCUCUCGCAGGUCUUGACGCUGAGCCUUUCGCCUCUCCCUUCACUCAAUCGCCUAUCAACACCAGCUCGCGUGAUGCCCAUCUCAAUUCGGAAACUUUUGACGACUUCAUACCUACGCCAGCUCCCUCUCGAGACGUCAACCUAGACGAUGAGCCUCAGGCCGCACCAAAUUUUGAUCCUCCAUCGUUAUUCCCACCAACUCACCAGAUUUUCACCAAUCAAAACCUUGAUUCGGGCCACGCAACACCGCUGGAUGAAGCACAAUCCAACCCAUUCGACGACUCCGACAACCUCGCCUCCCCAUCUGACGCAUUGUCCCCUCAAUCAGUGCUCUCGCCCGAAGUCGAGAUUGAUGCCCCCAACUUUGAACAAUAUGCACCUAUACAACAUCAGCAGCCUCCCUACCAUGACGGCUUCCGAACUCACGAAUCCGAGAAUUCCGCACCGCCUCCCUCCUUCCCCUCCUUCCCGGGCAUGACGCCGCUACAACAGCAUGCCCGGCACUCGGAGGAUGUUCUGUCUCCGACUUCCGAGUAUGGAUCUCCUGGAUUCCAGGCCCCGAGAGUGAGAACGCCGGUACAGGCCCAGCACUUCCAACCUCCUGUGUUCGAGGAUUCUAGGGCCGAGACGCCCACGCAAGGCCGUCAAUUGGAAGUGUCAUCGAGGGACUUCACCCCCGAAUUCGAACCUCGGCAAAACGCGCCUAUUCAAUCCGACAACGACUCUGAAUAUGCCCAAUCGCCCCGAUCUGAGCGCCACGCACCUGUUUUCCCGAGCUUUGGACAGCCGGCGCCUGAGCAGAUAUAUGAUUCAGAUGACGAUGACACUCCGGGCUUCAGACGAGAGCCCCCACAAUCCUCACAGGCUCAACAGGGUGCACUUGCACCAGAGACAUACGACUCUGAUCGCGCCCAAUCGCCGGAACUCCAGCGCAGGAUUCCUCUGCUUCCGAACUUUGGACAACCCGUACCAGGUCAACAUCAGCAAACGUAUGAUGCGGACGAAGAUCGUCAUGCAAGCCUUGAAAGAGAGCUCCCAGCUUUUCCCGGUCUAGACCGGCAACAAACGCCAGCGGGGCAACAAAAUUACGAUUCAGCCGAUGUUCCAUCAACCGACAUCGAACGACGUGCUCCUAUCUUCCCCAACUUCAGGCAUCCAGUGCCUGACCAGCAGAUUCAUGAUGCCCGCUCCCAAGAUUUCAGGAGAGAGCUUCCGUCGUUCCCUGGCCUAGGCCAAGGACAGCAACCAUCGGCCGAGGAACGAACCUAUGGCUCAAGCGAAGCUCAAUCGCCCGAGUCCGAACGGCGUGCUCCCGUCUUCCCUAAUUUUGGCCAGUCAGCCACGACACAACAGAUGUAUGAUUCAGAUGAUAACCGCUCUCCAGACUUGAGGAGAGAGCUUCCGGCUUUCCCUGGCCUAGGACAGCAACCACCGGCUGAAGGACGAACCCGUAGUUCAGGCGAAGCUCAAUCGCCCGAGCUCGAACGGCGUGCCCCCGUCUUUCCAGACCUUGGCCAGCCCGCCACGGCGCAACGGAUCUACGAUGAAUCGGAUGACGAAGACUCUGCCCGCUUUCAGCAGAAUUCUCAAGGAUUUCCAGAACUUUCAUCCAGACAACCACUGCAGCCUGCGUACGACUCGGAUGGUCGUUUGCCUGAACCCAGAGUAGAUAUUGCAUCUUUUCCAGAGGUCAGACAACAACCGCCUACUCAACAAUACGACUCAGACGAUGGCCCCUCCUCAGAGGACGAAUGGGACCAGUCUCCAGGCUUCCAACGCCCGAUACAGACAGGGGCUACACAGCCAGCUGGCUAUGAUGAUUUGAGAUCUCACGAACUUGGAGCCUAUCGUCCGGAUUCAACACAACAAGACCUGCGACCAACCUCGCCUGAUCUAAGACGGCCUGCCGAUGAUUCCUAUGGCGGUUUCGGUUCAGAGCAGAGAUACGACGCACCUGCAUUCCCCAAUAUAGGCAGAAGAUCCAGAUCGCCAUUACGAACGCUAGAGGCCGACGAGGUCAGAUCUCGGGACUCCGAGACGAAUGCAGCGGCACGUGACCUCCCCACUUUUCCCCUACGCCUACCUCGUCGACCCUUUGAAGAAGACUUGGACGACCAGAACAACGAGAAUGACUUUAGACCUCGCGACCUGGACGCAUAUGCCCGCGCCCCGGCUUUCCCAGAUCUUGGACGUCAGGCUUCUACCAGCUCGCAGCCGCUUGAUGAUCCUGCAGCCUAUUCACCCGAGUAUGAACGUGAUGCAGCCUAUUCGCGCGAGUACGAGCGUGAAGAAGCGUUCCCUGAUUCCAGAGCACACCACUUCGACGAAGAUGAAUUCAGACCCCGCGGCUUGGAUUUCCACCAACCACCUCCUCCCCCAAGACCACUAUUCCAGGCCCAACAGUUCGAUACUUCUUCCUCUUCACACAGCGGACUACCCGCCCAUCUGCAAUUGAACGUCCCAGCAACAACACCUCUGUUCACCGAUCGCCGCCAACGAUCUUCCGAGCACCCAUUUGAAGACGAAGAGGCUACAUCGCCCAGCUCUGAAUUCGCGGUUCCGAUCACACCAGGACUAGCGCGUAAUGCCGCUCCCCAAUCCCAAUUUCGUGACUUCCCUGCUGGACCCUCUUUCUCAGAUCUCAGAACCGGGCCACCCGCAGGCUUUGGCUCCAGAGAGGAUACAGCCUUCGCGGAUUUCGGAGGAACAGGGGCCAGGUCGGCGGUAGAGAGUCGCACGGAGAAUCAUCAAGCUACCACCUCGGCGUUGCAGAGUCCUACUUCCUCUGUGUUUUCGGAGGGAGGAGAAUAUAUUUGGAAGAGUGAGGGAGCGAGAGAAGGGAGAGAAGGGAGAGAAGGAGAGAGUACCUUUGGAAAUUCAGGGCGAAGAUACUGA